CUUGAAUCUCGACUCGACUUCUUCUCUGCUUCAUUGUACUUUGUAGACUGGAAAGAGAGAACUUCUUGAGUGGAGUCCAAGGAAUGAAAGUAACUUUAGUCUAGCUAGGAUACGUAGCAUUCUUUGCAGUGGUCAGUCAUGCAAACAACAAACAAGGCGGCUUCUGCGCCAUCGAGUGAUCCUUCUGUAGCUCUCGUCGCUGAGAAGGAAAAGAAAACGUCCAAAGUACAAAUGGUCGCAGAGAUUUUAUCAACUGCAGGAAAUGCAUUUGGUAGACUGAGUACAAUGGUAAUGGAACUACAACCAGAGGAGGAAUUGAUGAGAACCGCCAGUUCGACAAGUGGUACACGCUGGACUGAUGCAGAAGUGAAGCGCUUGCAUGCCGCUAUUGCUAUGUUCAACAAUGACCUGUCCAAAAUCAGCAAUGCAGUUAAGACUCGUUCCAUUGCACAGGUGAAGGCCAAAAUGAAGAAGGACUCCGAAAAGAACUCGCAGACGAAGUCCACGAGCUCCACUUCCGACACCGUAUCCACGCAUGCCCAACCAUCCAGUACCAAUGCUACAACUACAACAGCAUCUGCCCGCUCAAGCACUGCGUCAUCGCCAGCAACAUCUGUUGCAGCGAGUGCUGUCUCAGCAGCAUCUGCAGUGCCCAGCUCACUGGUGGCGUCUUCAAUAGCACCACUGAGCGCGUCCAAGUCUUCCGUCCCAUCUGUCACGUCACUGUCCACGACCGGUCUAUCUUCAGUAGCCUCUAGUGGAGCAUCAUUGUCGCCAUUGGCAGUUGGGUUGUCAACUGUAACAGCGACAACAGCUGUUGCAUCUCCACUGCCUACAGUUUCUAAUGGUGCUACAGUGUUAUCAGUACAGACUACUGCACCUCCUCCUGCUGCUGCUACACCUGUAUUUCCGCCCGUUUGUAAUAAUGUGACCAAUGCUCUUUCUAGCAGUGUAGUCAUGUCUUCAGCGCAGGCAGCCAUGUCCCCCGCUCCUCCUGCCGCCGCAGCUGCACACAUAUUUCCACCCGGCAGUGAUAGUGUGACUGAUGCAUUGAUGGCCGCGGGUGCCGUUGUUCCUCCGACGGUUGACACAGCAUCUCUUCUAGUAGGCAGCAAUCUGUCAGCUGCAGUCGCUCCUCACUCGUCUGCCCUUUUGCCGGAUGCUUUAUCCACUGCUGGCCUCGACACCUCGCUCUCCUACGUAGCCUCUGGCCUCGUCUCGGGCGUCUCUACCACAGUUUUAGACACGUCGCUGUCUUCUAUUUCACCCAAUCUGGUUUCUGCCAUGAUGGCAUCGCCAACACCGAUGGAUACCAGUGUGUCCCUGUUGGAUGCUGUUGCGUCCCUACCGUCCGUGGACUCUGUUCCGACAAGUAAUGUUCCUCUCAGUGAUGCCCUCAAUGCUGUCAUAUCCAGCACGCUGUCGUCACUGGGAUCGUGUGAUGCAUCAGUCCAAUCCCCGUUCACUGCUUCCGGUGAGCUCAUACCCGCAAAGGUGACAACAUCAGAUGUGGAAGCAGCAGCCAUAGAAGUCUCUAACAUGCUGGAUGCAGUCUCGCAGCCACUCGUAGUGCCUACAAGUGUGCCAUUGCCGCUGAUUCCGGACUUGCCUGUGCCGGACGUAGGCACAACAGAAGUUACAAUUUCUAGCGGUACCAACUCGCUUGUGACAAGUGAGGCUUUGAUUGCAGCUGGUCCUCAAGUGCCUAUAGCAACAGGGUCCUCAGUAGCUGCUGUAACCAUCGAGUCCCAGGUGCAACUUUCAGACACCGUACUGACCACAGAUGCUGAUCUGAUGCUGGCAGUGGAGCCCACUGCAAAACGUCCUCUGGCAGAUCCUUCAAUCGUACCAACAACAAUGGACAUGAGCUGACUUGGUGAUGACUGUAACAUUAGGUGCUCCGUCUCAAUCAGUUUCCCUUGGAUGGCGUCUAGCCAUUUCCUUCGAAAUCAUCCGAGCAUGACCAUUCAAGACUAAUGUGGCUGUUCACUUGGUGAAUAUCUCAGCACACACAUUGUCCAUAGUUUCUGCAUACCUGUACAAAACAGUUGCAACGAAAAAAGUUUUUCACGUGAUGUCAUUUGAAUAAUGAAACCCGCAUCUCCUUUAUUACCCAGCUUUUUUUGUUGUUAUUAUUAUUUGGUAUUUUUGUACAUCUUCUUAGGAUUUAUCCAUUAACUACGCGAAGGACUAAAGGGACCCUCACUUAAUUUUUUGCCGACUACCCGCCAAAAAACACAUUUCGACACGCGUGUGUGCUGGACGUCUGCGCGUGCACGACAAGACGUGUGAGCUGGCUGACAAGUGAGAGCCAGGGAGUCGUCAAGUACCGGCUUUUGACGACUCCCGGCCUAGCUGGUGAGAGAAUGCAUUGUGCUGCUGGCGGGAAAGGGAAUUAACUACAUUGUAGACCCUUGAUACCAUGGCAACAAAGAAUUGGAUUGAGUCUUUUUCUUCAGAUUCUUGGCGUUUUGUUCAUUUUUUGUAUUGAGAUUUUGUGUCAUAAUAAGUAUCUAAUAUUGA